AUGGCCGAUGAGAAGACAAAGUUGGCUGAGGCCGAGGGCCUCAAACGCCUUGCCUUCUUCGGCAUUGCCAUCUCCACCGUUGCCACAUUAACUGCUAUCGUGGCUGUGCCUAUGCUGUACAACUACAUGCAGCACGUACAGUCCUCUCUUCAGAACGAGGUUGAAUUUUGCCGUCACCGUACUGAUGGCCUUUGGGAUGAAUUCCGUCGGUUUGAAUCAACCAAGGGAGUUGAGAGCCGUAUCAAGAGGCACACAUGGCAGCAACACUUCCGCGUUCCCGCCAGAGCCCGUGGUGCCGGCACGUACGCUGAAGGAGGCUCAGCCGUUGGUGGAGGAGGCGGUGGUGGCGCUUGCUGCUCUUGCGGUAUUGGAGCUGCCGGCCCACCAGGACCACCUGGAGCCGACGGUCAUCCCGGAAGAGACGGAGCACCUGGAAAUGCAGGAGCACCUGGAUCUGAUGCCUCCCCUGGAGCUGCACCCACAGCUGCUGACUUCUGCUUCGACUGCCCUCCUGGACCAGCUGGUCCCGCUGGAAACCCUGGACCUCCUGGACCCUCUGGAGCACCUGGUGCCCCUGGACACAGCCCUCAGGGAGGAGGACAAGGACCUCCUGGACCACCCGGACCACCUGGAGCCCCUGGAAACGAUGGACAACCUGGAUCCCCUGGAAACCCAGGACGACCUGGACAAACUAUCGAUGUUCCCGGCACACCUGGACCAGCUGGACCACCUGGACCUGCAGGACCACCUGGACCACCUGGAAACCCUGGAGCACCCGGAAGCUCGCAACCCGGCCCUCCAGGACCCGCAGGAGACCCAGGACAGGAUGGAGCACCCGGAAACCCUGGAGCACCUGGAGCUCCAGGAGAACCUGGUGCUGCUGGCAGCGGUGGUGGCUGCGACCACUGCCCACCACCACGAACGGCGCCUGGUUAUUAA